UUAAGCUCCUCCAGUAUGACAUCACGCAUCUUGCUACGCCAGCAACUCAUGCGUGAGCAGAUGCAGGAGCAGGAGCGCAGGGAGCAGCAGCAGAAGCUGCAGGCAGCCCAGUUCAUGCAACAGAGAGUGGCCGUGACUCAGACGCCAGCCAUAAACGUGAGCGUGCCCACCACCCUUCCCUCUGCCACCCAGGUGCCGAUGGAAGUCCUUAAGGUGCAGACCCACCUGGAAAACCCCACCAAGUACCACAUACAGCAAGCCCAGAGGCACCAGGUAAAGCAGUACCUUUCUACCACUUUAGCCAAUAAACAUGCCAGCCAAGUCCUGAGCUCGCCAUGUCCCAACCAGCCUGGCGACCGUGCCAUGCCACCAGUGCCCGGGAGCAGCGCACCCAACAGCCCCAUGGCUAUGCUCACUCUUAACUCCAACUGUGAAAAAGAGGCGUUUUAUAAGUUUGAAGAGCAGAGCAGGGCAGAGAGUGAGUGCCCAGCUAUGAACACACACUCUCGAGCGUCGUGCAUGCAGAUGGAUGAUGUAAUUGAUGACAUCAUCAGCCUGGAAUCAAGUUAUAAUGAAGAAAUCUUGGGCUUGAUGGAUCCGGCCUUGCAAAUGGCAAAUACGUUACCUGUCUCUGGAAACUUGAUCGACCUCUACAGCAACCAGGGCCUGCCACCCCCAGGCCUUACCAUCAGCAACUCUUGUCCAGCCAACCUUCCCAACAUAAAGAGGGAGCUCACAGCGUGUAUUUUCCCCACAGAGUCUGAAGCAAGAGCAUUGGCUAAAGAAAGGCAGAAAAAGGACAAUCACAACUUGAUUGAACGAAGAAGAAGAUUUAACAUAAAUGACCGCAUUAAAGAACUAGGUACUUUGAUUCCCAAGUCAAAUGAUCCGGACAUGCGGUGGAACAAGGGAACCAUUCUGAAGGCCUCCGUGGACUACAUCCGGAAGUUGCAACGGGAACAGCAACGUGCUAAGGACCUUGAAAACCGACAGAAGAAGCUGGAACACGCAAACCGGCAUCUGCUGCUCAGAGUACAGGAGCUCGAGAUGCAGGCUAGAGCGCAUGGACUUUCCCUUCUCCCAUCUACGGGUCUCUGCUCGCCUGAUCUGGUGAACCGGAUCAUUAAGCAAGAACCGAUUCUCGAGAACUGCAGCCAGGAACUUGUGCAGCACCAGGCAGACCUGACGUGUACGACGACCCUGGAUCUCACGGACGGUACCAUCACCUUCACCAACAACCUCGGCACCAUGCCGGAGAGCAGCCCAGCCUACAGCAUCCCCAGGAAGAUGGGCUCCAACUUGGAAGACAUCCUGAUGGACGAUGCCCUCUCGCCUGUUGGUGUCACCGACCCACUGCUGUCCUCAGUGUCCCCAGGAGCUUCGAAAACAAGCAGCCGGAGGAGCAGUAUGAGCGCAGAGGAAACAGAGCAUGCGUGUUAGCAAGCCUGCCUCGCUCCGCCUGUGCACGAACUGCUUCCUCUCUUCCUCGAUAGACUUCAUAAUUUCCCUGAAGAGGUUUUCUUGAUAAUUUUCCUUUAAUAUGAAUUUUUCGUGCUUUAUCAGUAGCCCAGGAUAUAUUUUAUUUUUAGAAUUUUGUGAGCCAGACUUGUAUAUUCUAUUUUACAACUACAAAGGCCUCCGAAGUAUUGUACCAUCAGCGUGCAGUAUCUGUGAACUGAUUUCUUGAAGCGUGAGUUUUCUGAGCAAGGGGAUUUUUGCUUCAGAGAAAUGUCUGUCCGUUUUCAUUCAGGGGAAAACUUGGUGUGAUCUGCCUGUCUGUGACCUCCUUGGAAAUUUAACACGUAAAAUUCAAUUACAAGAAUGUAAAGCAACCAAAAGAAGAAAACAAAGAAGAUGAUGAUUAAGAAAAAAAGUGGAAAAGAUAUCCAAGCCUUUUCCGCUUUAUAAAUGAGUCGAUUCCCUGGUACCGCCUUAAAGACACAGCGCCAUCCUGGCGCCACUUAGUCUUCUGUGCCGGAAACUACUUUUAAAAAAGAACAUAUUAUGUAAAGACAAAUAUUGCAGUCAUUUUCAUGAGGAUUGUCUGGUUAGAGAAUGCUAACCCAAACUGAAGGAAGUUAUUAGACCAAGGCGUGAAACAGAGGGUCCGACCUGCUGGCUUGUAUUGGGUGCAGUUGUAGUUUUCCUCAUAAUAAGUGUGAUUCAAUUUUUCAUGAGAUGUGGAGUUUUUGUUUUUUUUUUAAGUUUUUUGAAACGGAAAUGAAUGUCCUCUUUGAGUAAAAUAUUGAGGAGCAC